GCCAUUUGCUUAAUUUUAAAAUUAAACAAACUUUAAGUUUCGCAAUUAAAACUCUGUACCAUCUUCCUUCUCACCCCUCGCCCUCUCACGUUUUUACACACGUAGACACAUACACAUUCAUAAUUCAUUGCUAUCACCACACAAGCCUAGCUCCUCAUAUCAUACCACUGAUUUAUCUUCCCUCUCCAUCGUUCGUUCAUUCAUUCACUCUGGGCGCGCGCACGUGCUAGGAACCAUCGAUUCGAGAAUGGGCAACGACUGUGUGCCGUCGACGGCGGCGGCGGAGGUCAUGGCGGUGGUGGCCGUUGAGCUCACUGACGCCUCCAGCUGGUGGCACGACAUCGACGACUCUCCGGCGUGGCAGGAUCGUAUCUUCUACACUCUCGCCGUACUCUACGGUAUCGUGGCCACCGUAGCUUUGGUUCAACUGGCUCGGAUACAAUUGAGAGUGCCGGAGUACGGUUGGACCACGCAGAAGGUCUUUCACUUUCUCAAUUUUUUGGUGAAUGGGGUUCGGUGUGUAGUUUUCAUCUUCUUUCGGAAUGUGCAGAGGUUGAAGCCAGAGAUUGUUCAACACAUCUUGCUUGACGUGCCGAGUCUUGCUUUCUUUACAACAUAUGCACUUUUGGUCCUGUUCUGGGCUGAGAUUUAUUAUCAGGCACGUGCUGUAUCAACUGAUGGGCUGAAACCAAGUUUCUAUACUAUUAAUAUUGUGGUUUACGUUGUUCAGAUUACUUUAUGGUUAAUAUUGUGGUGGAAACCUAUCAGUGGACUGCUCAUUUUGUCUAAGAUAUUCUUUGCAGGGGUCUCUUUGUUUGCAGCCAUUGGCUUUCUUCUCUAUGGUGGAAGACUAUUCUUAAUGCUACAGCGCUUUCCUGUUGAAUCCAAAGGGCGACGUAAGAAGCUGCAAGAGGUUGGCUAUGUGACAACCAUAUGUUUUUUAUGUUUUCUUGUCAGAUGCAUUAUGAUGUGUUUUAAUGCAUUUGAUAAAAAUGCGGACCUUGAUGUCUUGGAUCAUCCUAUUCUAAACUUCAUAUAUUACCUGGUGGUGGAAAUAUUGCCUUCUUCUUUGGUCCUUUUCAUUUUGAGGAAGCUUCCACCUAAGCGUGGUAUCACACAAUAUCACCCAAUUCGCUGAAAAGGGGAUUUCUCAAUCGUUCUCUAUUUUCUUGAAUGAUUAUCAUUCUCCAUGGGUAAUUUUCUAGAGUAGACACAAGUCAGUCUUCUAUGUUCGGUGGCAAAGCUUGUAUGCUUUGUCUCUUGGACAGUAUGGUAAGUUUUGUGACCCAGCAUUUCUGACACGAUGAUAAUUGGUAAAAGGGGAUAUAGUGAUAUCUUGUAUAAAUAGUGUUUUGAACUGCUACGAGUGCAAAAAAUGUAUUGUCCCUAAUUUCUCACUCGUAUUAACUUACUACAUUAAUUUCUGCUCUAUAUCCCUAAUUUCAAUCGUUUAGUGGAGCUUUAGUUUUUGUUUUUGCA